AAAACUGAGGAAAAUGUUUUUUCGGACACGUCCUUGCGAAAACCGACGAAUGAAGAGCCGUUAGCGGGGCUUCACCCGCCCCCACCCCGUCGUUACUGUUUUCUUCGACGGACGCGUGUCGUCGACUUCGAUCCAUCUUGUUUCCGAGCUUCUUCUCCUUCAGGCAUUUCCGAUCUGAUUCGUAGCCUAGGGUUUCGCUGAGGCGGAAGGAUCGGGUUCCGUCGUGCGCGAGCGGUGCGCCGGAUUGGGGCUGUUCGUUUGGGAGGUUUUGCGAUUGACCUGCUUGUGUUCUUUUUUUUUUUGUGGGUUUUGGGUGGCGGGGACGGUGAUUUGGGAUACAAGAUUUGAUUUUGGGGGUUGGGUUGGGGAGCGGGUGCGUGGGGGCGGAUUGGGUCGCGUGAGAUUCGGUCCGGGUUCGCCGUUUGAGCUGGAGGGAUGGAUGAGGAGAAGAGAAGGAAGAGGAACAAGAAGAAGAAGAAUAAGCAGAGCGGCAAAGCCGCGGGGGAAGACGCCGCGGUCGCUGCGGCCGGCGAUGGGGAAACUGAUCCGGUCGACCAGAGGAGUCGUUUGAGCAAUGGGGGGGCUCCGGGGAAUGGAGUGUCUGAUGCCGGCCAGGAUGCGGAGGCGGAGGCGGAUCGGAUCGAACCUCUGGCUAAUGGUGUCGAAGAUCAUGUUGACACACAGUCCAGUUUAGCCGGAGUUGUGGAACAGAACUGGUUGGAAAUCAAGGCCAGUUUGGAAGAAAACAUUAAGCACUUGCGGAAUGAGAAUGACUUACACAAGGACAAAGAGGCUGGUUUAGCCACAAACCUUGCACAGUUGGAGUGUGAGAAGGAAAGCUGGCUUGAGAAAGAGGUUAGCUUUAAGGAGAAGAUUAGCCAGUUAUCAGAUGAGAAAGCUAAGUUAAAAGAUGAGAAAGCUAUUUUGGAACUGAAGCAGGCUAGCUUUAAGGAGAAGAUUAGCCAGAUCUUAGACGAGAAAGCCAAUCUGGAAUUGAAACAGGAAAGUUUGGAGGAAAAAAUAGGACAACUAGAGGGAGAUCAUGAUUCGUGGAUCUCAAAGGAGGAACGAUUAGUGGAAAAAAUACGAGAACUAGAAAGGGAUCAUGAUUCCUGGGUUUUAAAGGAGGAAAGUUUGGAGGAAAAAAUAAGACAACUAGGAAAAGAUCAUGAGUCCUGGCUUUUAAAGGAGAACUCAAGUAGGGAAAUCAUUGCCAAAAUGGAGACUGACAUUAUAGGACUACAGUUACAGGUGUCAAAAUUGGAAGAAUCCAAGAACAGUUACUUGCUAGAAAACCAAAGACUAAAAGAUAAUAUUUUGGAGUUGCAAGGUCAGAUUCAUCUCCUGGAGAAUGCUUCCUCAGUUGAUCACUCAGAUGAGCAAAGAAAGCGGUCUUCAGAAUACGAGGAGCUGAACUCCCAGAUGGAAGCAGCAUGUGCUCUUGUGGAGAAAUUGAUUACAGAGAAUGCAGACCUUGUUGAGAAGGUGAAUGAGUUGUGUCUUCAACUCGAUCAACAAAAGGCAGCACCUGGGCUUUCGUCACCCUUUCAGAGUGGUUCUACUGUAGAAAUUGCUGAAAGCGCCGGCAUCGUGGAUCACAACUCCGCAUCAAAUACGAAUAUGCUUGUAUUAGAUGGGAGACCAGAGUCUUCAAAAGAUAUUCAGAUGCACGAUGACACAAACAGUGAGGAUAAAAUAAACGGUGAGCACGGUCUUCUAAUAUCUAGCUCUGCGAAGCCCGUAGAUUCUGGAGAAAUUGUCCAGAUUCCUCUUGAUGAUAAUGAAGUCCAGGAUCUGGAGUCGCAAACUGUUGAGAGCGAAGAAAGGGAUGCAGUACCACUCUCGGAUGCCCCACUAAUUGGUGCUCCUUUCAGAUUAAUAUCGUUCUUCGCAAGUUAUGUGAGCGGAGCCGAUCUAGUCGACAAGGAUGUGAAGUCUAGUCAUUAACAUAGUGUUAUAACCAUUCUUGGUCGUUGUUUAGAAUCUUCUUGCCUCGAAGCAAGCAAGCAAGCGGCAAUUUUGUAUAGUUAAUUUGUUACUGUCUGGAGAUUGGUCAACUACAUGAUUUUGUAUCCUCAAAUUCAUAGUUACUCCAUGAGCGAGGUGAGUUAUAGGCACUAUUUUGGAAACUGUGACAGUCAUUGAACCUGGGCUAACAUUGAUUUGAUGUCAUUUUUUUAUAUAAGAAUUGAUUUGAUCUCA